AUGCUAUUCUUGGUACAGGUCAGGAGGCUAUUGGCCUUACUGGCUGCCUGUACACUUGCUGGCUCAUGUUCAGCCAGCUAUCAACCGGAGAAGGUAGAAGAAGUGUGUGCUACAACAAUCUAUUUCACCAUAGAAAGAAACUGUCAAGUGAGGAGUCUGGCUCAUCUCUCAGAUAACGUGGAAACAGUCAACAGAACAAAUGUUAAACUUUACACCUCUGGACACUUAAAUCAUAGCAAACUUUAUAAGCCUUCAGAGAAAAUAAAACAGGGAUGAUGGUACUCUGCCAGGGAACAAACUAGUUUCAUAAUGGAAAGAAAUCAAUUCCCAGCUGAAAAUGAGAGAGCAAGGAAGAUGAAAAGAUUUUCAGGUAACUUUUGUUAGCUUCCAACAAAGGCUGAAUCUUCUUGCCCUAGCAGCAGACAUCCACAGUCAACUGUGACUGGUGUUAGUGCCUCAGCAGAUUUUUCUAUUCCACUGGAAUUGCUAAAGUGGAAAGCACUUAAAAAGAAAGUAGAGGAUGGAACUGACAGACUCCAUGAGAGUAUCAAAGUGAGUCAAGAUGAGUUAGAUGUGUCAGAGACUGUGAUGCUGAAAAAACAAACGAACAGCUGACAGUGUGCUGUAGAGCUUGUCAAGGAGGAAUACCACUUCAUACCUUCAUACUUGGCCAGUGGAGCUAAAAUGGAACAGUUUGACAAGUUCCUAGAUUUCCAGAAGGAGUUCAUAGCAAACCGUGAACUGUUACAGAAUGAUUUAACAGGGAGAAAAGUAUCAGAGCAGCAUGAAAGUAAGCUGGCUAAGGAACGUCAGAUAACAUGUGCUUGUGAUCCCCUCCAUUUCAAGCAACUACAGGUUGCUGAGGAAGCAUUUGAAGAUAUAUGCAACAGGUCUCUGAUAUUUUGUGGUAUUCUGAAGGAAAUGAAGAAAAUAAAUAUUCCUACACUUUAUGAUAACCGAGGGGGCGAAAAAAUUUGGGUCAAAGGGAUGGAAACAAAGACUUCAAGGGCUCCAGAAAUACAAGCACUCAGGAAAGAUGUGCAGGUUCUCAUGCAGAAAGCCAGUACUUCUCUGGGAAGAAGCAAAGACUAAUUGAAGAAUUAAUUAGAAACAGUGCUACAGAUGAACCAGACUCCAGAAGAUAAAACAGUUUCAAAACAGCUUGAAUCUGUGAGGUGUAAGGUUCUUGAUAAAUGGGAAGAAAUUAACAUACUGAGACUGGGAAGAAAGAAAGAGUGUGGUUACACUGAUAAGUGUUCCAGCUGCGUGAAGCGAGGAGGUUGCAUAUUUAAAAAGAUAAGUGGGUCUGACGCAUUUUCUUUUGCUGGAAUGCUGUGUGACAAUUUAACUGAUCUGUUACUGCCUUUUCAGGCACAAACUAUGAAAAUCAACUCAUGAAACACGUUUCUCCAAGGCCAAAUAAAAGUUAUUUCCUUAUAA